AUUCGUUUGUUUUUCAUGGUGCCCUGUCAGUCUGUUGUAGCGAGUAGUUUGUUGAAAAUAUCAACAUCGUGGUGAGGACUCGUCAAAAUGGCAGCAGUAAAAUACUAACAGAUUUGAGUACUUGUCAUAGAUGAUGGCACUAGUGAAACAGGCUGAAGAGUUCUAUGGGUGGAUGAUUGAAAAGGGGGAUCCACGUGUAGAUGACUGGCUAUUAAUGAAAACUCCUUUUCCAAUCAUCGUUAUAUUUUUUGCCUACAUCGGCCUGGUGAUAUUCGGACCAAAGAUUAUGAAGAAUCAGAGCCCGUUCAAUUUGAAAUGGAUUCUUGUGCCAUACAAUUUUUUCUGCGUGGGCUUAUCUGCAUAUAUGUUUUAUGAGUUUGUGGUAACAUCGGUGAUGUCAGGGUACAGCUAUAUAUGUCAACCAGUAGACUACUCACAGAGCCCUCUAGCACUCAGGAUGGCCAGUGUGUGUUGGUGGUUUUUCUUUUCCAAAGUAAUAGAGCUUCUAGAUACGGCAUUCUUUAUACUGAGGAAGAAGACAGAGCAGAUAAGCUUCUUGCAUGUGUACCACCAUUGUACAAUGAUCAUGAACUGGUGGUUGGGAGUGAAGUAUGUGGCAGGGGGACAGUCAUUUUUCGUGGCCAUGUUAAACUCUUUUGUUCACAUCAUCAUGUACACAUACUACGGCUGUGCCGCCAUAGGACCGCACAUGCAGAAGUAUUUGUGGUGGAAAAGAUACCUGACAAGGCUGCAGUUGCUCCAGUUCAUCUUGUUCGUGGUACACACCACAACCAAUCUACUGGUGGAAUGUGACUACCCCCAAGGAUACAAUAUAGCGGUCUUUAUUUAUGCAAUAUCUCUCAUUAUUUUAUUUGGAAACUUUUACUACAAGUCCUAUGUUGCCAAGAGAACACAGUCAAAGAAAGAUUGAUGAAGUGCUUUCAAAUCUAGCAUAAUUCCAUCAGAUAGAACAUUUUCUCAACCGCACAUUAGUAUUCACUUCCAUCCUGUGAGUGCCUAACAGUUCAGAUGUACAUACGUUGUAUGUAUAGUUAAAUGU